GAGCUUACGAGGUGUAUGCCUAGCGAGGUGAAUAGACAGUUGUAUUUUCGUCCGGACAUCGCGAGGACGUAUGUCUUAAUAUCGUAUCGUGCUUACACCUUCUCUUCGACGUGGGUCUUGCGCCAAAUUUCAACCCGUGAUCCGCCCUGCACCUGGAUCAACAUGAAAAGGAACAGGAUGCUGUUUUUCCUGUGCACCCUCUUUUCCGGCACGAUGGCCAUCUCCAAUUCCUGGACUCCCGUCCUCCCGUCUCACGCAGGCACAGGCAUCCUGCAACAGGAGGCUGCGAUCUACAACAACGAGUCACCCUUGCAACAAUAUCCCUCGAGCCAGGACUCUGAGCCAGUUGCGCAUCCCUUGGCCCAGCAGGAACAGGAUCAGUGCGCCUUGUACAAGGUUUCGAUGAAUCAACAGCUCUACUUCGAGUAUGUCCACUACAAAAUCGACCUACCGGAUAUGAAAGAGUUCACGUUGUGCGCAUGGACGAAAUUCCACAACCACACCAACGACCAUCCGCUAUUUUCAUACGCAGUCGAUGGUCAGCCACGCGGUAUACUGAUCUGGAUAGCGAACACCGCGAGGAGUUCCUACUUCAUGAUGAACAUAGACGGUCACAAUUUGUUCCGACUGAACUAUCCCCUCAGACUGAACAAGUGGUACCACAGCUGCCAGAGCUGGAACGGAGUGACCGGCGAAUGGCAAAUAUGGGUGAACGACGAACGCGUUGGACGAGGAUUCAACAACAGGUUGGUAGGGCACGUGAUCAAGGGAGGUGGAAUCGCUAUUUCUGGGCAAGAACAGCGUCAACUUGGUGGCGGAUUUCUGGAGGGCGCUGAUGCACCGGAAGGGUCCGGUGGGUUUUUGGGUGAGCUGACGAUGCUUCAGCUUUACGGAGUCGCUUUGACGGCCGGAAAAGCGCACAAGGAUCACAAGCACCAUCAUGCCCAUCACUGGGAGCACGAUACCAGCAACAACACCCCGAGACCGACGACUCAGGCGCCGGUUACUGGACGGCCGCUUCCCCAAAACCCGUUCCUCACUGCAGGGCAAAUAAACCACCAGGUGAAAAUCAAUACCGGAACGCCACUUCAGCUCAGUCAGAACGGAGUGACAUUGAGGCACCCGAGCAUCGUUCAGCCGCAGACAUCCUUCCAGCCACUUCCUCCCGUGAAUCAGGAUGCGGCUGGAGUUUCCGGCGGGUUCGCUUCCGCCCUGGACGCAUCUUCGCUACGUAGGACCACUCAGUAUUUCGGUAAUCAAAUCCCGCAGGUCUCCCAACUUUCCCAAAUUCAGGGACAACCGGAAGCUGGAUUUUCAUACGUCGCCGAACAGUAUCCGACGAUUUAUAAACGAGCGGCUAAAGUGAGCAACGAGGAAUCGGAAGGAACGAAUUUUGAGGAUAUUCAAAAGACCGUCGCCAAGAGGGAGACUGAAAUCCCCGACGACAAGGUCUCCUUUGUCGCGGGAGAAGGUGACGCGAGUUCCUCUCCGUCAUCGACGUCGACGGUUCGAAAGGCGCUACGAAAACGAGAUUCCGAGAAGAGGAAGCGAGGUCUGGUUCAGCUGGCUGACGGAUCGAUUUUGGACGAUGCUUUGCUCGGCGAUCAGGGAUUGGAGAAUAAUUAUUUCUCGGGAUUAACGAGCUUUGGGCUUCAGCUCCCGGUUCACCAGACCAAAGACGAGGAGCGCGAACCCGCCGAAGGUGAAGUCAGACAAGUGAUGAACGUUUGCGACGGUUGUGCCGACGAUCCCUUCGAGAAGGUCCUGAUCCUUGGCUGGAGAUCGGUGCCGAAAAAGCUCUACUCCGGCGCUCUCUAUCUACCCGCUGCCCAAACGUGCAAAGCGUUUUAGAUGCUUUCAAAAUUUGACGACGGUUCUUCCCUAGCUUUUCUUAUUCUCAUCGUCAGAAGGUGAAUACAGGAGGAGAAGAAAGGAAGAAGGUGAUAAAACGGGGUACGAAUAAUGGAAAAGGAAGUCGGAAUAUAUUAGAUACUU